UUCGUGUAGUGAGGGUGUCAGUCUAUAAAUUGAAAAAAAAAAAUUGAAAUAAUUAUUAGUAUUUUUAAACGAGUAUUUUAGUUUUUAAUAUUGUGUGUUGAAGUGGUUAGUGUUUUUUUUUGGUGUGUUUCGGAGUGUUGUGAAGGAUUUAGAAGCAGUCCUGUUUCCAAGAUUCUGUGAUGAAAUCCACAAAUAUGGAGACUUGUUCCGACCGCCUGAGUCCGUCGAGCGACUUAACAAGCGAGUCGGAAACAUCGCUACCACCUUUUCCUUACGACAACCAGAAUGGAAACUUCUACCAAGCAGAGUUAAACGAAAAACAAUACUUUUCUUGCAAACAAAAAGCAAGAAAUGAAGAAAAAAGCCCGAAAGACAUUUACCUACAAGAAAGCAAUAAAAUGACAUUCGAGAAUUAUCUUUCCCCGCCAAGAAACAAGAAAUAUUUGAAUUUCGAACUCAAAUUGCCGCCAACGAACGACAAUAUUUUUUCGCAAAUGGAUGCCGACAAUCGGAUGCGUUCAGGUUACUUCAACGAGGUCCAAGAUCUAAAGAGUUGCGUUCAGAACGAGAAUAAUCCUAAUUUGUCGGAAAUGAAGUUGAAUCAGCAGAUUUUUGACUACGUGAACGUGAAUGAGAGAGUGCCACAGACGUAUUUUGCUGAGAAUGAGAACAGUAAUCUGCGGUAUUUGAACUUUAACUCGGAACAAGUGCAGUGUGUUUGUGAGGCGUUGCAGCAAAAAGGUGAUAUUGAGAAGUUGGCAGUGUUUCUAAGGAGUUUGCCGGACAGUGAACGACUUCGAGCACAUGAGACAAUACUGAGAGCACGAGCACUAGUAGCGUACCAUAAAGGUGUAUUCAAGGAGUUGUACGCUAUACUACAGGCGCACUCAUUCCCGCCAAGACAUCAUACCGCUCUACAGACUCUGUGGUUUAAAGCGCACUAUUUAGAGGCUCAGCAAGUUAGAGGCAGGCCUUUGGGUGCCGUAGAUAAAUAUAGACUUAGAAAAAAGUAUCCACUACCGAAGACCAUAUGGGAUGGGGAAGAGACCGUCUACUGCUUCAAGGAGAAGAGCAGAAACGCUUUGAAAGACUGCUACUAUAGAAAUAGGUAUCCCACACCCGACGAGAAGAGGGCAUUGGCUCAGAAGACGGGCCUAACCCUGACACAGGUCUCCAACUGGUUCAAGAACAGGAGGCAACGAGACCGGACACCACAACAACCGAAUAGACCAGAAAUGCUAGUACCGGCUCAAUAUGCGGGACCUCAAGGAGGUUUGGCACAGGCAUUGCUGCCUAAUGCCUAUUACCACCAACUACAAGAUCCGACGCACUAUUUACAUGGCGGCGCACCAUAAUUGUCAAUUAAAAAAAUAGUCAAUUAUUUCAGUGCCCGGCAAUAAAUAUCGCACAUCGAACAAUUUCGUUUCUUAUUUUGAUCAUUUAUUUCUACAAAACUUUAUUUUUCAGUCUUUGGCUGACUGUCCCCUUUCAAAAGUUGAUGUGCAAUAUUUAUUGCUAGGUACUGUACCUACCAGUGUUAGACAACAGUAAAAAUUGUAAUUAGUUCUUACUUAUUCUCAACAGAUGGCACUAGUGUUCUAAGGGUAAGAUAUUAUGUAGGUCUUUACAUUUAUCGGACUGUGAAAAAUGGUGUUACUGGUAUAUAAAUAUUAUUUUAUAAUUUUUAGAUUAUUGUAAAUAGUUAAUUCUAGUUUUAUGUAUACGUAUUAAAGUUUUAUUAUUAUAUUCAUUGUCGAGAUAUUUAGUAGUAAAGUAUUUGGUAUUGUAGAUGAUGUUGCAAUCAAACUGAUGGAAUACGUAUUUUGAGGUUUAAAAAUAAGGUAACAAUACUUUUGCUAUAUUAUACUGAGGGGAUCUUAUAGAUAAUCUUAUAUUUGUUUUCUUUUUUACUAUAGUUCCUAAAUGCCAUGCAGUUUAUAAUUUUAGUUUUAAUUUAAGUUUGUCAAUACUUUAAAAAGAUAUGCAAAUCUGUGUAAUAUUGUAUAAUUAUCUAUACUUGCUCAGAUCGAUUAAAAUGUUUGUAAACGAAUCACAAAGUUUAAACUAUAUUUGACCGCAGCGAAUAGCACUUUUGUGUGAUUCCAUUUUUUUGUUAUCAUUCAGAACUGUGAGUAAAAUAAUUCGGAAUGGGGCUAUCGUUUAUAGCUCACUAGAUUGCGUAAACCUAGCAAAAGGUCUUUUGAGGGGGGAAAUUCAUCUAAUAACCUCUCCCGCCCGGGUGAGCCAAGAGGGAGUGUCAGACUCUUACUGACU